AUGGGCGUCCACAAGCAAACCCCCAAGGUCGCUCAAGGCUCCCCUUCGCCGCGCCGUAACCCCUCCCGCCGUUUACGGCACUCGACACCACCCACAGAGGCCUCGCGUGCGACUCGCAGCAAGCUCACGGCGCAACAUCUCCUGCGAGGCGAUCGAGAUGGUGGAGGGGAAGCACAGGCGAUCAGCACGCCCCAAGCUGGCGACGAUGUGCCAAGGCCUCAAGAAGACCCCGUGACAGCUGCGGCCACAGCCCACGACACCCCAGAAACAAGCUGGCAGCGCCGCUCUUCGCUCAUCGGCCAUGAUGCCCGCAACGAGCACCUCAAGCAACAGAAGCCACUGGCGUCCAAAACGAAAUCGGCAGCGUCCACCGGUCCAGCAUGGGACAGUCCUCUCAUGACGUACUAUAAUUGGGUUGCCGUCAUGAGCUAUGCUGCCGCGUCCGACUCACCUGACGGCAUUGACGUCAACUGGCUCCUCCACACUGCGCGUAGCUGCACUCUGCUUGCCGAGCCUGCCCUGGAUGUCCUCUAUCGUUGCCCGCCCUUGACCAAUGACCACAAGGCGAGAAGCCUCGUUGCUCUGCUGGCGAGACCCCCAUCGCGCACUUUCUACAACUAUCGUGCCAAGAUCCGCGCCCUGCGCAUCGACACGGCCUUUGUCACCAUCCAAGCUCAUACCUCAGUAUCGCCGUUUUCUUUACUGCAAAACUUGACCAACCUCGAAGAGGUCAUGAUUGUCCACUCGUCUGACGAUCCACCAUUCCGCAGGCGUAGCGAGAACAUCCGCUGGCAGUACCCAAAAGAGCUCUUCGAGGCCCUUGAUGUCGCCCCGGACGCCAAUGUAGAUGCGGGAGACAAGAGAUAUGUCACGCAUCUCAAAGGCUUCUGCUGGAACGCUCGCAUGAUGAGUCGUGGCUUCGUCGAUGGCGUAGACAAGAUAAAAGAGAUACACGCCCUGCCCACUUUUGCAUACCUCCGCAGAGUUCGCUUUGCCAAUUUUCAGGUGCCUUCCUGGAACAUGCGCGUGACGAAGCAGGACGAGUCUGAUGAAGCUAUCGCCGCACGAGAAGCAAAGGACCAAAAGUUCUCCAGGUCCUUCGCCGCUUGCUUGUCUAGCCUUGACGAACUCGAACACCUCACGUUUCUGUCGUCAUCUGUGGUCAACGCCGCGCUGCUCCAGUGCCUGCCGCAAAAGUUGAAGCAACUCAAGGUCAUCAAUUGCUGGAACCUGCAGUCCACAGACUUGGCCGGAUUUCUCCUGUCACACGGACGGCAUCUGGAGUCUCUUGUCCUCGACCACAACCAAGCACUUAACUUGUCCUUUCUCACAGUCCUGGGCACCGCUUGCCCCGACCUCCGCGAACUGCACAUGAAUUUACAGUAUUUCAGGCACUAUGAUGCUUUCGAUGAUUCUAACCCCUUAUACGAGACGCUGCUAUGUCCCGACCAGAUCCCCACAUGGCCCGCUUCCCUACAGCGUAUCGAGCUGGACAACCUUCGACAGUGGACUGUCGAGGCAGCCACAAACUUCUUCCAAUCUCUGAUUGACAGUGCUGCGCAGCUGCCCAUGUUACGCUAUCUCGUUGUCCGCUGCAUGCUGAACAUUCCGUGGAAGUCGCGCAGCGAGUUCCGUCAUGUGUGGGAGCCCAAGCUGAAUACGAUUUUCCUGCGCCCCAAGUUGUCGCCCCCGCCAGUCAGCAGCAAGACCACCAACAUGCGCAGCAAAUCGACACCGGCAAAGAAGCCCCGCAAAGGGAAAAAAGCAAGCACGGAUGGGCCUGCGCGACAGAGCAGGCGCAUAGCCUCGAAGACGUCGGGCCAAUCAUCGCGUGCGAGCAGCGCGUCCAAGCCCUUGCGGUCGAUCAAACGAAAGCAGUACGAAGAGCCUGACAGCGAUGAGUUUGAUCACGAGGACGACUUGGACGUGGACAUGGAUUCGUCCGAGACAGAAGCGAGCGAGGCUGGGAGCAACGAAGGCAACUCUCCUGCUGGCGCGUCGGACGGCAUCUUCGUGCAGGGUCUCUGUACUGUUGUCGAGAUAAAGUUGGACAAUCAGAAGCCGCGCGAGCAACAGUUUGUCAUGGAGGACUUUGUCGACUCGGAGCGCGGCGACACGGAUCCCGAGUGGGAUAGCCAGGAUGAUGACUUUGAGUAG